UGAGCUUUGUGGAUUUUUUUCAACCAAAUGCCAGUAGAAAAGACAGUAUUCACAGCUUGCGAGACCUGCUAUGUGCAGGUUCCACAGGGCAGACUGCAGGACUUGAGUAUGUGCUGGAUUUUGGUAUCCAUGGGCAGUCCCCCACAUAUACUGGUGGGCAACUGUACUCAAAAAGACAUCCUGCCUAAAGGAUGGAGAAAUUUGCUGGUGGCCACGUGGCAGGACAGAGAGUGUGAGGAGAGGAAAUGUGUUGCGCACAGGCCCAAGCAUGAGGAGUCCGACUUUGCAUGUAGGUUCUACUUCUUUGUUUGUUCUUCAUAUACUCUAGGCUGUUUUCUGUGGUGUAGUCCAAAAGCCAUGUAGACCGCCUACUCUUUGAAGGUGUCUAGUAAGACAGCGGCAAUAUUGAAAGUUUGUAAAGACUAGAACCGUGUGUGUUGUAACAGAAAGAAGAAUGGAAGUCUUCCAGGAACUUCGUAAACCAUCAACACAUUUGGAGUGUGACCACUGCAGUUUCAGAGGCACAGACUAUGAAAAUGUGCAAAUCCAUAUGGGUACCAUCCAUCCAGAAUUUUGUGACGAAAUGGACGCUGGUGGGUUAGGUAAAAUGAUAUUCUACCAGAAAAGUGCAAAGCUAUUUCACUGCCAUAAAUGCUUCUUCACCAGCAAAAUGUACUCUAAUGUGUACUAUCAUAUCACAUCCAAACAUGCAGCCCCAGAAAAGUGGAUUGAUAAACCAAAAAAUCAGUUGAACAAAGAAACAGAGCCUGUGAAAAGCCCUCCUCUACCUGAACACCAGAAAACAUCAUCUAAUUCAGCAGAACUCCUGAAACCCAUACCUGCCCUUUCUGUAGACGCACAGAAACCUGGUCCAGUUUUGUCUCCAGAGUCACCACAGCCCACUCCUCUUACUCCCCUGGAGCCUGAGAAACCUGGCCCUGUUGUUUCUCCUGAGCUGCAGACAUCUCUUCCUUCUCCUGAACCUUCACAGCCUGCCCCCGUUUCUUCUCCUGAACUUAAACCAGUCCCUGGUGUUUGCGAAUCUCAGAAGCCUGUCCCUGUUCCUUCUCCAGAACCUCAGAAACUUGCCCCUGUAUCUCCUGACCCAGUAAAGGCUACUCUCACUAAUCCCAAACCGCAGAAACACUCUCAUUUCCCAGAAACAUUGGGGCCACCUUCAGCCUCAUCUCCAGAGUCACCAGUUCUGGCUGCUUCCCCUGAACCUUGGGCACCAUCCCCAACUGCAUCUCCAGAAUCUCGGAAACCAGCCCGGACUACUUCCCCCGAGCCAAGGAAGCCAUCCCCAUCAGGGUCUCCUGAACCUUGGAAGCCAUUCCCUGCUGUCUCCCCAGAGCCUAGGAGACCAGCCCCAGCUGUGUCCCCAGGUUCUUGGAAGCCAGGGCCACCUGGGUCCCCUCGGCCUUGGAAAUCCAGUUCUCCGGCAUCAUCGGGACCUUGGAAGCCAGCUAAACCUGCUCCGUCAGUGUCUCCUGGACCUUGGAAACCAAUUCCUUCUAUAUCACCUGGGCCUUGGAAACCUACUCCAUCUAUGUCCCCUGCGUCCUGGAAGUCCUCAUCAGUCUCACCUGGUUCCUGGAAAUCUCCCCCUGCGUCUCCUGAGUCAUGGAAGUCUGGCCCGCCAGAACUCCGAAAGACAGCCCCCACAUUGUCACCUGAACAUUGGAAGGCAGUCCCCCCUAUGUCUCCUGAGCUUCGCAAACCAGGCCCACCACUAUCUCCAGAGGUCCGUAGUCCAGCGGGAUCUCCAGAACUCAGAAAGCCCUCAGCGUCACCAGACCUUUGGAAGCUUUCUCCUGAUCAGCGGAAAACUUCUACUUCGCUAGAUUUCCCUGAGUCCCAGAAAAGUUCCCGUGGUGGUUCUCCUGAUCUCUGGAAAUCUUCCUUUUUUAUUGAACCGCAGAAACCUGCUGUCUUGUCCGAGACACGAAAACCAGGUCCUUCUGGGCCAUCUGAGUCCCCCAAAGCAGCCUCAGAUAUCUGGAAGCCUGUUCUCUCUAUUGAUACUGAGCCUAGAAAACCUGCUCUGUUUCCGGAGUCCACCAAAACAGCCCCUCCUGCUUCUCCUGAACCACGAAAACGUGCCCUCUUUCCAGAGCCCCGGAAGCAUGCCUUCGAACUUCCCAAAGCUGCUGCAUUCCCAGAGUCUCAGAAGGCAGUUGAGCUUGGUGAUGAACUACAGAUAGAUGCCACAGAUGAGCAGAAGUGUGAUAUUUUGGGUCAGGAAGAACUUCUGACUACACCUAAGAAACUCUUGGAAGAAACUUUGUUUCCUUCCUCAAAGAAGCUCAAGAAAGACAACCAGGAGAGCUCAGAUGCCGAGCUUAGCAGCAGUGAGUAUAUAAAAACGGACUUGGAUGCAAUAGACAUUAAGGGCCAAGAAUCGAGUAGUGAUCAAGAGCAAGUUGAUGUGGAAUCUAUUGACUUUAGUAAAGAGAACAAAAUAGACAUGACUGGUCCAGAGCAGUCCAAAAGUGUGCUACAAUUUACUGAGGAAAAAGAAGCUUUUAUCUCUGAAGAGGAGAUUGCAAAAUACAUGAAGCGUGGAAAAGGAAAGUAUUAUUGCAAAAUCUGUUGCUGCCGUGCUAUGAAAAAAGGUGCUGUCUUGCAUCAUUUGGUUAAUAAGCAUAAUGUUCAUAGCCCUUACAAAUGCACAAUUUGUGGGAAAGCUUUUCUUCUGGAAUCUCUCCUUAAAAAUCAUGUAGCAGCUCAUGGGCAAAGUUUACUUAAAUGUCCACGUUGUAAUUUUGAGUCAAAUUUCCCAAGAGGCUUUAAGAAACACUUAACUCAUUGUCAAAGCCGGCAUAACGAAGAAGCAAAUAAAAAGCUGAUGGAAGCUCUCGAACCACCCCUGGAGGAGCAGCAGAUCUGAUUUUUAAACACUGUGACUCUGGCCUUCAGAGUUGUUUGUCUGAAGCCAUUCUUUGACAGUGUAGCUUGUUAAGUAGCCUAGUUGGAGCAGUAGUGUUUGACUGUCUGAAUUGUGUCACCAAGAAUGGACAUUUGCUUAUUUUCUUUGUGGCAUGUGCUUAUCUUACAAAUCAAUAAAUUUCUACUGUAUACUCCA